UUUAUUUAUAAAUAUUAAGGCAGGAACAGACGGAAUAUUUAACUUGACAGACGAGUACGAAGUCGAUUGCAGUUAUCUGAAUUACAAUGAACUCUACGCACCGAUUCUUGAGACAAAUUCUUCCCAAAACGCUACUAACACGACGGAGGAGAUCGCCAAGAUGAUUGGAAUAUCCGUCAGCAACGAUGGUACACAUUUUGGUGCGCAACAGACUGUUGUGAUACUGGACACUACCUGCCAACAAACUCAGAAAAAUGCCGAUAACGAAACAAUAGUCACUUUGAAGACAGGUUUCUGCUACAUUGCGGCUACAUGUUACAGUUCUGGUACCUAUCUGACCGGCAGUUCUUGUGCCAAAUGUGACACAGCACAGAAUCUUUUCGUUUGGACAGACGGGUGUAAUGAAACGGAUGAUACAAACAAGAAUAAUCUGAUCAUAAUUAUGAGUUCUGUAGGUGGGGCCAUCCUUGCUAUAGCUGUGGCACUAGCCGUCAUUAUUUAUUUAAAGAUCAAGGCUAAAAAGAAGAGAACGUUAGCACCAUUGGUAGAAACUUCUUUAGGACCGUCGAAAAUGAGAUUCUGGUUUAGAAAAGGAAGUGAUGUCGCAGUUGUUGAACAUCAUUUGGGACGAACGAAAGGGAGGAAAAUGGCAGCAGAGUAUAUAUCUGAUGGUGAUGAGGAGAUGGGGUGAAUGAAGCAUUUAGCAGUUACUUCGUCUAGAUUAAAAUAACAUUGAUGGAAAAUAGGUGUGUCAAGAUAUCUUACCAAUUAGGUCACAAAUGCAUCAUUUGUUUAUUGGACAAGGAAUAAAGUCUUCCUAAAAUUACAUACAUAAAUCAUAUAUAUGAUUAACCUACAUACUAUCAAUUUAUUGUUAACGUCAUCCUUAUUUAUCUGACUGUGCUGCUAAAAAUGUGGAAGAAAAAUGUUUUAAAAAACUUAUGUUUUUCUACUUAUAUUUUUGUUUUGAUUAUAAACUGUCUGUUCACCACAACAUGAAGUUUCCUCAAGACCAAGCUGGAAAAUAUAGUUCUAAGACUUACUAAAUAAUAUGCAAAUAUUGUUAAAGUUGGACCAUUAACUAAAUCGCCAUUGAAUUUAAGUAAGUUAUUACCAUAACUGCCAGACUGAGUUUAAAUGGCUGCUUUGUUCAUAAUUUCAAACAAAUCACAGAUCAACUGAGCUGGUGUCUUAGAGUGUAUUGUAUGCUUAAGCCUAAUUAAUCUAUUUUGCAUCUACUUUUCAAUUUUCAUCAGUUUGUGUUGCUACAGAAUAAUUUUGUGUUGAUAGUGCCUUAGAUAUGUUAAGUUUAUGUUAAUCAUGUCUCUUCUUGAACACAUACGUGUUUUAAAAUGUUUAUAAUAUAUAUUGUAACAAUGACGUAUAAUGUUUUGUUUUAAGUGUACAUAUAACUAAUAUCGUAAGCACAUUCGUCAAAAUGACAGUACUUACAUGAACAUUAUUACUUUUACACUGUAUUUAAUUUGACUUCUUACAAGCACCUAUUAUAGUACUAUUUAAAUGGUUGAAUAAAAGCUUAUUUUCCUA